UGCUAUUGGAGAGGGAGAGUGUGGCGGGGUACGCCUGAGCUGUACGAAUGCUAGAUGCCUCGGACUUUCGGGUACCUGUGGGGAGCCCUACGGUGCCUGUUUUGGGAACCAUUGCAAUUACACUCUUUAAGUGCAUAUAGGUAUUGCGCAUCAUGUCUCGAAUCGUAUCUCAAGGCGCAAGGGCGUUAUUGCAAUGUUCUGUUCGACAGACUGCUGCUUCCAGCAACAUGAAUUGGUCCUUGAGGAAACUCGCAACGGCCGCGGCGGCAAGUGGAGAUGCAGCCAACCUGCCACUGGCCGGUAUCAAGGUGCUCGAUAUGACAAGAGUAUUGGCUGGACCAUACUGCACGCAGAUUCUCGGAGAUCUUGGUGCAGACGUGAUCAAGAUUGAACAUCCAACGAGAGGAGACGACACUCGAGCAUGGGGCCCUCCAUACGCUCAGUACACCAACGGCGACGAAGGGCCCGGUGAAAGCGCAUACUACCUCGGCGUAAAUCGCAACAAGCGCUCAAUAGGCCUCUCCUUCCAGCACCCAGCUGGCGUCGACAUCCUCCACCGCCUUGUCAAAGAAUGCGACGUCCUUGUAGAAAACUACCUGCCCGGCUCCCUCGCCAAAUACGCCAUGGACUACGAUACCGUCUCCAAACUCAACCCCCAGCUCAUCUACGCCUCCAUCACCGGCUACGGCCAGACAGGUCCCUACCGCAACCGCGCCGGCUACGACGUCAUGGUCGAAGCCGAAAUGGGCCUCAUGCACAUCACCGGCUCGCGCGACGGGCCCCCCGUCAAAGUCGGCGUCGCCGUCACAGACCUCACCACGGGGCUCUACACCUCCAACUCAGUCAUGGCAGCGCUGCUCGGCCGUGCCCGCACAGGAAAGGGCCAGCACAUCGACGUGGCGCUGAGCGACUGCCAGGUCGCCACGCUGGCCAACAUCGCGUCGUCGUGCCUGAUCAGCGGUAAGAAGGACUCGGGACGCUGGGGCACCGCGCAUCCCAGUAUCGUGCCGUACAAGGCAUUCAAGACGGCUGACGGGGACAUUCUGCUUGGUGGCGGGAACGACAGACUGUAUGGCGUGCUGUGCAACAAGCUGGGCAAGCCGGAGUGGAUCACUGACGCGCGGUUCGAGACGAAUGCGGUGCGCGUCAAGCAUCGGGAGACGCUGGAGGAGCUGAUUGAGAGCGAGACGCGGCAGAAGAGCACGCAGGAGUGGCUUGAGAUUCUGGAGGGCUGCGGGAUGCCGUAUGCAGCGAUUAAUGAUGUGCAGGAUACUCUGAAUCACGAGCAUGUGCUGGCGAGGGAUAUGGUCAAGGAGGUUGAGCAUCCUGCGUGUGGGACGAUUAAGAUGGUGAACACACCAGUUAAGUGGAGCGAUUCGAAGCCGGGGAUUAGGAUGCCGCCUCCAACAUUGGGCCAGCAUACGGAUGAGAUUUUGGGACAAACACUAGGAAUGAGCAAGGAUGAGGUUGAAGGACUGAAGAGGGAAGGUGUUGUCGCGUAGAUGCGAGACUCGACGUGUAUUCGUGCGUAUAGUGUGGUUGUUGAACAUCUGUAACGAUACAAGCUCAAUCAACGAGCUUUUCCAGCUCAUCUGUGUCCAUUUCGCUGAGCUCACCAUCAUCGUAGUCGGUCAUCUCCUUUCUCUGGGAUACAUCCCUUUUGUUUGGUUCCUGCUUCUGUGCAUCGGCCGCCUAAGCCUUGCUGUCCAGCGUGCCAUCAGCGCCCAACCCACUCCCAUCGCCCUUCCAUCCAUGGCUGAACACCUCAAAAUUGUCGUCCACUAACCACUGCAA